CCCCUCGGCAACGUUGGGCAGUGUAUCUAUAAAUACCCCUCGCUUCCCAGAACACAACACCACCUCCAAUCCAACCAUUCUAGCGCUGCGCAGCAGCUGGCUAGCUAUUUGUGAUAUCUCUGAUCUAGUUGAUUGAUCCUUGGAGUAGGGUAGGAGGAGCCGAGGAGGACGACAUGACGAAUCUCAACGCCACCGUCGCUGCUGUGCUCGUGAUGCUCGCCUUCCUCGCCGGGCAGUCGGUUGCCGGGCGCUACUACUACGACAAAGUGCAGGACAAGGUGAGAAAGGAAGUGGAGAAGGCCAUGGCGAAAAACCCCAGCGUCGGCCCCGCCCUUGUUCGCUUGGUGUUCCAUGACUGCUGGGUCUAUGGUUGUGAUGGCUCCGUGCUCCUAGACAGCACGCCUACUGACGGCACCAACACCGAGAAGAAGGCGGCGAACAACAUCGGCCUCGCUGGCUUCGAGGUGAUCGACGCCAUCAAGCAGAAGGUCGGCACUGACGCCUCCUGCGCAGACAUCGUCGCCUUCGCGGCGCGCGACGCGGCCGACAUCCUCAGCGGCGGCAAGAUCUUCUACACCAUCCCCGGCGGCCGCAAGGACGGCGUCGUCUCGUCCGCCGCGGUGGCGGACGCCAACCUCCCGCACCCCGACUUCAACUUCGACGAGCUCAAGGAUAACUUCAACGCGUCCAGCCGAGGCAGCAGCUUCACCGUCGAGGAGCUCGUCGUCCUCUCGGGCGCGCACUCCAUCGGCGUCGCUCACCUCUCGUCCUACCAGGACCGCCUGGGGCCCGACUCCACUCCAAUCGAUUCCGACUACCAGGAGGCGCUCAACAAGGCCACACCUCCUGGUUUGCUGAAGACUGGGCAGAACCCGACGGUGACAAACAACGUCCGCGACGAGACUGACGCGUUCCAGAAGGACGCUGCCUACAACCCCGUGGCCAUGGGGGUGAACCCCAAGAGGGGCGUCCUCGACAACAGCUACUACCAUAACAACCUCGUCAACAAGGUGCUAUUCAAGUCUGACUGGGUACUACGCACGGAUGACUUCGCCGCCAGCAAGCUCGAUGAAUACAAGAACAACCCAGCGGAGUGGAAUUCCGACUUCGCCGCCGCCAUGGUCAAGCUCAGCAGCCUGCCAGCCCAAGGAAACAAGUUGGAGAUCAGGAAGAACUGCAGGGUACCCAACCCGCAGUACUAAUAAGAAAUAGACGAAGCAUGCAGUCACUUCGGGCGAACACACCAGGGACUUGGACCUCUACAAGCUACAUGUAUCAACUAUAUAAAUAAUCUGUACUUCUAUAAUUAGCAUAUCCCUUUAAUUCCUAAUUUAUUUUAAUAGCUACUUACGGCAGGUGUACGUUAUUAUCAAAGCUUAUGGUCUCUCUAUGGACCUGUUUGA